GUAUAAAAUCUUGUUUUUGUAACACUAUUUUAAAAGUUUUAGUUAUUUAAUGAAAUGGUUUUUAUUUUAAGGACAUUAUUUUCUAAGGAAUUGAAGAAACCGCGAAAUUAUCUGCGCAGUAAAUUUAUCGAUUCUGUAAGAUUGCAUGUCAAAGGCGGAUCCGGUGGAACCGGCCUGCCAAAGUAUGGAGGACUUGGAGGUCAAGGUGGAUGCGUUUACUGCGUCGGUAAGGAGAAGGCAAAUCUCGGGAACAUAUUGGGUAAACACCGCGGCAAAACGUUAGCCGCCGGACAUGGUGAGGACAGUAGAAAAACAAAAAUUAUAGGCAGCCCCGGCACAGACUUAAAAUUAGAAGUUCCACUCGGUGUGACAAUUUACAGAGAGGACGGCAAGGUUUUAGGGUCUGUAGAUAAUGAAGAUCAAACAGUUAUAUUGGCUAGAGGCGGACCCGGAGGCACCAAGGAGAAUGGUUUUCUUGGCCACUAUGGUCAAAUUCACCACAUACGGUUAGAUCUGAAAUUAAUUGCAGAUAUAGGUCUCGUUGGCUUUCCUAAUGCUGGCAAAAGUUCUCUCUUAAAAGCAAUAUCACGAGCAAAGCCCAGAAUAGCAAAUUACCCAUUUACUACAAUCAAACCUAAUAAAGGCAUCAUCCACUAUAAUGACCAAAGACAAAUAUCCAUAGCCGACCUGCCUGGUCUCAUUGAGGGUGCCCACGUGAAUAUUGGACUUGGGCAUAAGUUUUUAAAGCAUGUAGAGAGGACAAAGUUAUUAUUAUUUAUAGCUGAUGUCCAAGGAUUUCAAUUAAGUCCCAGACAUCUUAAGAGGUCAUGCUUGGAGACAGUGUUACUCCUAAAUAAAGAAUUGGAACUCUACAAUCCUGAUUUAGUUGAGAAGCCUGCCGUAUUGGCUGUAAAUAAAAUGGAUUUAGAAGGUGCUACUGAUACAUUAGAGGAAGUUAAAGAGUCGCUUGCAAAUAUAGAAAGGAUCAUGGAUUCAAUACCAAAGGAACUUAGGCCUGACAAAAUUGUAUCAUUUGAAAACAUCAUUGGAAUAUCAGCUUUAACCAACAAUGACAGUAUACAGGAAUUAAAAAUGAUAUUGAGAAAGUGCCUCGAUGACUUUGCAGAUGAAAAUAAUCCAGAUAUAGUCGAAGGGAGAAAAUUGUAUAGAAUAAAUAAAGCUAUAAUUAAAGAGAGAGGGUCGCAAGUAACAUGAAAAUAUUGUAAUUAGGUAUAGAUUGAUCCGAAUAAAAUUUUAAUGCAAUGAAAGAAACAUGUUCAGAUGAAUACUAUUUAUUAAAAGCUUUCAAGUUAUGAAAAUGUUAGAAAUCAUUGACAAUUUUAUUAUAACCUUAUGUCCUCCUGACUACACUACAUCUAACCUAAACAUUUGCAAAUUAUUUGAAACCAUUAUCACAGUAUCUCAACCAUUCACCGUUGUAUGAUUGUAAUAUCUUAACACUAAUUAAUAACAUAAUAAUAUUUUGAGAUUUCAAUAAAACAUGUACAAUAUUAUUAUUAAAAAUAAUUCUUGAUUCUUUAGUUUUGUAUUUAAAUUUUCUGACCAUUUUUGUGGUUCUAUCAGGUAAGCAGAUGAUAGACAAUAUUAACUGCUUAUCAGAAAUAGGUUUGCCAUAAAUAUAUAUUUUUUUAUUAACCAUUAUACUACGUACGCUGUAGCAUAGUGCGGGUGACAGUUUCAGUAAUAUUUUGUUACAAUCUUGAAAGUUGCCGUGAUUUACAAAUUAUGACUUAAUUUUUCAACUGUACCACAUUUGUAAUAUAUAUAAAAUCAUUAAUAAGUGUAGUAACUUAAAUUGAACCCAGCCAGAAUGUUCUAGUUUACAAAUACUGGCAAUUACAGCGCACAUAGUAUAGUAUUUUGGCCCGUUUUUUUAAUUAAACUUGCAUUUGUGAUAUACAGUUUAAUACAAUCUACAAAUUCAAUUUAAACAAACAGAAUAUCAAGGAAGGCUUUAUAAAAACUUUUUUCUUUGAUAAUCUUAUUAUCACACAACCAUAUUUUGUGAAAAUAAUAAGCUUUGCUUAUAUUAAUAAAGAUAGGUACACUUAUAACUAUAUGAUACAUAAUAAUUUCUAAUCUUAAUAGCUUUAAUGAAGAAAUCAUCUGGGAAUAUGUAGUUUAGAGGUACACAAAGACCUGUAUUUUUAGACGGGUGUUUUCAAAUAUAUAUUACGCUAUAUGGCACUAUUUAUAUUCAUAAAACAACACUGGAUAAUAUAUCGCCUGUUUACAACUAAAAUAUUUUACUAACAAGUCUGUUCUCACUAGAAUAAUCACAAUU